AUGUUAUCCACUGCGGCAAAUAAUAAAGUUAAAAACUCGAGAGGAUUGGAAAGUUCCGAUGUUCCAGAUCGAAACGAAAGCGGACAAGAAAACAAAACUGAUGAUAAGGUCAGAGGUUAUGUUGGAACGUACGAUGGUCCGUCAUCCUUUGGCGGGCCACACCGAGAUGGUAGAUUUCGAUCUCGGGGCCGUAUUACUGAGUAUAGGCAUUCUAGAGGAAGCGGGCGCGGUUCUGGACGCGGCCGUGGCGACUUCCCGCCAAGGUCUGAUCAUGACGAAAAUUCCUACAAAUAUCACGAACCGUUAGGACAGUCCAGUAAUGACUCUUGGUCCCAAGGAAAUAAUAAAUUUUAUGAGCGAUCCGACCUCGUUGUAAAUUUGCCGGAAGAUCCACGUAUAUCUAAGCUUUUGCGACGUCUUUGUGCAGAAGUUGAUGUAGAGAAGUCUCUGGUUAUAUGCAGCAAGUUACAAGAUGCUGUAUUGUUGCCAGAAAAUGCACGAUAUAUACGAAGAUCUUAUGAUAUUUUAGUUGAGUCAUUAUUAGAUGUCUUAUAUGAUGCACCUGGCCCAGAAACUAAAGAAAAAGCAGCUGUUGUCUUGGGAAGGAUUGGAUAUGUCAUGGGACAUGAUUAUAAGAAACAUCUGGAGUGGGUUGUAUCAAAUUUCUCUACUCAUAACACGUCAAUUAAGCAUCUAUUGACUCUGUCGUUCUCUGAAACAUUUCAGUUGGACUUCCAAACACCAAAUUUGUCUGACUUUGCAGAGAUGACAUUGGAUAGGCUGCAGGUUAUUAUUGAAGGAACAGAUUCCGCUGAUGUUUUUAUGGCUGCUAUCAAUGCAAUGAUUGUUAUGUCAAAUUCAUACCCUGAACAUUUUGCUAAUCAUUUUGUAGACACUGUGGAUAUUCUUGUUGGAUGGCAUGUUGAUAAUGCACAGCCUAAAAAGAUUAAGGAUUUUGCUCUUCAAUCCUUAUUCAAAUUAAGCCGUCACUGGCAGGCUGAUGUUGGGUUUUCUGUCAAUUUAUUGAAUCAAUUUGUUGAGGAUAUGGUAGCAUAUACAAAUGAGCUAGAUACUAAUAAUCAAGAGCCUGAAACAAAUUCAAAUGAAGAUUGUAUGCAAAAAAUUGCAUCAUUUUUAAAUGUCUUUAAUACGGUUGUAAAGAGUCUGGGUACACUCUUAAGCCCUACAGUUUCUCAAACAGUCUCUUGGUCUUUUCUGACUGAAGCAAUGACAAAAAUAUUACAAGUUUUAACCGAAGUGUUUAAGGAUGAUGCCGAAUCAGAUUUGAUACUAGCAGGUAAUGAGUGUGUUACACUACUACUUAAUUACUUACAGACUAAGGCUACUGCCUGCUUGUCAGCAUUAUGUUUGUUGAUAACCCUGGAAAUGACUAAAUACUUACAUAUUGAUGAUAAUGUUUGUCUCAGCAUUAUAGCUCUUAUUUCAAUAACCAUAAAAGAAAUUGCUUCUAACCUUCCAAUAGAAUUUAUCACUCAAACAAUUGGUCCUGAUUCAUUACUAAGGCCCUUGAGAUACUCUGAGAACAUCAAAAUCCUAUCAAGUGUUAUGCUGGUUUACAGCAACUUGUUAAACUUGAAAAAUAUACCACUUUUGCAAGAAACCUAUAAGUAUGUUUUAAUGGAUAUUCAAAAUUCAUUCUCUGUUAUUUUACCUAACAUUCAAAUCAUACCAGCUGAAUAUACAGAAGAAAUCUCUAAGGAUGAUGCGGAAAAAAAUAUAUUGUUUUACUUACAGUGUUUGUCUGAUCUUGCGAAUGCUAGCAAUUCUAUCAUUGGUAUGUGGGCUUUAAAACCAAGCAUUUUAGAACUUUUGGCUAUUAAAAUGUGUCCACAUGAUGAAAAUUUGAUUAGAGAAAAGCCUGCCUUACAAUAUGCUAUAUUGUACUUAUUAUAUUCCCAUUGCAAGAAGAAUAAUCAUUUUAUUGCUUCAAGUGAUUUGGUCACAAAUACUCAACAAAGGACAAGUGAUAUAUUUGGACUUUCAAACCUAAACAUUGGUGAUGUUUCCAGUUCAAGCCCCACAUCUGGACAUCUUGCUGUUAUACUGAACACAUUAAGCAUAGUCUUGGAAGAAAAUGUAACAAAGGAAACCUUAUUACUUGUUUUGACUUGGAUCUCAGAUAUUCUCUGUCAGCUGGAUAAAUAUUUGCCUAUUGUGAGCUUAUCCAAGGGUUUCUUGGUAUUAACUACUAAUAUGUUAUCACUUGCACAUAAUUUUGAUGAUGACAUUAUUCUCAUUGUUCUACAAAACUGUCAGAAAUUACUAAAAAAUAAAGGUUUGGUGUGGAAUGUGAUGUUACUGAAAACAAUGGCACUCAUUUGCAUUUUACACAUAGAUAAUCUAAAUAAAUCAGUGUCAAAUGUGUGCAAAGACGUGUUAUUCCAGCUGCCUUGGGAUGUUGUUCAACAAGAAUUGGACAGGCAGAUGGUAAAAGUAUUUACAUCCAGAAAGUUUAACCUGACUGUCCUCAACUGUGACACAAAGCUGAAUGCUUUAAAAGAAUAUCUUAACUUGAGAGGACCAUUUACCACAUUAUCCAACACACAUUUUAAAGCUAUAAUUAAUUGUCUUCUGCAGCAGACAACUAUUGACAAAAACCUGAUGAUUGAUGCUUUUUUAGUUUCAUGGCCCAUACAAGGUCAAGGUCACUUUUUAGAUGUGACCCAAAAAUUAUUAUUUUUCCGUGAAUGUGCAACAAGUUUUUCUUCCAUUUGCAUCAGUUGGGCUCUUUCAGAGCUGGCACAGACUUGUAUAGCCCUUAAAUUGAGGACUGCUUUAGGAAAACCACAAGAAACUUUUAUGAAGAUUGAAGGUGCAUUGAAAAGUAUAGCAAGGGAUAUAUCUUCCAGUGAUACUAAAUAUCUUGCAAGUGAACAGCAAAAAUUACUUGAUGUUAUUCUUUCAGAGCAGGUUAGAGCACGUUGGUUUAUUGAGUUCAUGACUUUCUUAGAAAAAUAUACAUAUAAUGCCGCUGAAGGUACUGCAACUGUUCUGCCCGCUGUCAUUAAACCUGUAAGAACCUUUUUUCAUACAAACUGGUCAACAUGCCGUGAGUGGCAAAAUAGAGUGCGUCCAGCUGCACUUGCUGUCAGUCUAUAUUCUGGCCACCUUGGAGCAGUUAUUUAUCACACUUCACUUAUUUUACAAGCAGCUGCAAAUUCCCAUACUAAUGUAGACAUUGAAGCUAUAAUGACUAGCAUGGCGCAAGCUCUCAUUGAAAUUCAAGAACCAGAAGUCUUACAUGGUUUGUAUAUAUGGAUAAAACAAAAUUUUGAUAAAAAAAUCCCUUGGUUAAAAGGGGCUGCUGAACAAGCAAAUUCUCGGUACGAAUUGGCCAUUGAGUUUUAUAAGAAAUUAUAUGUCAAUGCUUCUAACUCAGAGAAUGACUCUACUACUACUACUGCUCAGUUAGAUGUAAAGGUGAAUAAAUUUGUUAAUGAACAAAUUAUGGAAAGCUAUAAAAAUAUACAAAGUUGGGAAGAUAUGCAGCAGUGGAAACUUGCUGCCCAAGAAAAUAUAAUAAAUCUACAGUGGGAUUCUUUUACGGCCUUAAAUAUAUUUGAAAACAGUGCUGAGAUUCCAGAACAACUAGCCGAUUGGGAUGUAUUGCGACUGGAUACUACUGAAAUAUCAAAAAAUUCUUGCUCAUACCAGAGUCUUCUUAACAAGAUUGAAUCCACACUAGUGUACACCGCAUUAAACUAUUAUUACAAUGAUUAUGAUGAUAAAUUUGAUGCUAUGCUUAGAAAUUGUAAAACGCUGCUUAAUGCUAGUGCUGAAGAAUUUGCAAGAACAAAUGCUGUACACUUUUUGAAAGAAAUUGCUGUGUUACAAUUGGCAAAUUAUGGACUCACAAGUAUUAUAAAGAAUGGAAAGGCAAUAUUAAAUCCUUUUAAACCAUCUGUUGUCAAAGAACAUAAAUAUGGAACUGAACUUAAAAAUUUGACUAGAAUUUUGUGGUGGAAUCAGUACUUCACGAAAUUGAACAUGACUGAAGAAAACAUAUUCUACACGGAAUGUCUCAGGCUAGAUGUUAUCAAAAGCGCAAGGAAAAACGCGAACCUGGGCAUGGCUAAAAGAGAGCUAUUGAAACAUUUCAAACAUAACCCUGCAUUCCAAAUGUGUAUUGUCAAUGUGAAUAGCUUGGAAGAGAUAAGUGAUAUACUUCUCAUGUCUAACAAUACCUAUGAUUUAGAUAUUUGGACUUUGAAUAAUGCCAAUGCUCUGGCAGAACUUUGCAAAGUUACUUAUGCAAAAGAAGAGACAAGAGCGCGUGCCAUUAACUUAUGUGCAAAUAUUUCUCUUGGCUUUUCGCAACGUCUAGCUAUGGGCGAACAAAGUUACGAGCUGAGAGAAAAAGGUACAAGACUGCUCCUAACGCUCUCUAAAUGGGUACAAAGCGAGACUGAUGAUAUAAUGGAAAAUGAUUCACCGUUAAUGAAACUAGUAUCAGCAUUGCCCGAGAUUGGCCUUGUAGAUAAUAAUAUUUCAGAAAAUGUUAUUCCACUUUCGGAUUCUGCAGUUGGGAAACUUUUACAAUUUGGAGUAAACCAAUGCCCAGGUUUAGCAAAAGCAUGGGCGAGCUUUGCCUCAUGGUGCUUUAGAUGGGGCCGUAAAAUGGUUGAAUUUAGCUCCAAAACAAGGGAGCAACUUACUGAUAAUGAUAAAAUACAAAUAGAAGGUGUUAUGAUUGGAUGUUCGCCUCAAGAUUUUGAGGCUGUGUGUGAGAUUUUAUCUAAAACUAAAGCUACUUGCGAUGAUGAAGACAUUGAUUGGAAUGAAAUCAACACUUCUGAAAUGAUUGAAAAUCAGUUACGCACAGUUCCUUCGUUAAAUAACGCUUUUCCGGAACAUCUGGCUUUACUUGUUGAUAUUUGGCGCCAAGCCCAGAAAAGAGUAUUCUCAUACUUUGAACUAUCAGCUGAUGCUUACUUUAAAUUUCUGCAGCUCAUUUGUGCCUCAGAUUUUAUAAAUCACAGUGGAGAAAAUGCAGUAGUUAAUGCUACAUUAAGACUUUUAAGAUUAAUUGUUAAACAUGCCAUGGAGUUGCAAACGGUACUCGAAUCAGGCUUAGCAAAUACACCUACACAGCCUUGGAAGGUUAUCAUACCCCAACUGUUUAGUAGACUUAAUCAUCCCGAAACAUAUGUCAGAAAAUGCGUUUCUGACUUGCUUUGUCGAUUGGCAGAAGAUACACCACACCUCAUCACAUUCCCCGCAGUUGUUGGUGCAGUUGAAAAUGAACAAAACAGUUUGACGGAAUUAAGUGUUCCCAGAUCUUAUUUAUCUAAUGAAGAUGCUGAAAGUGAGGAAGACAAUCUCGAGUUAGAAGAUACUGGAAGUGAUAAGAUAACUAAUAACGAAUUGAACUCCUGCUUCUUGGACAUGGUUGAAACAUUGGCAAAACAAGCUCCAAAAACAAUUCUUCAAGUAAAAUUGUUAGUAAAGGAAUUACAAAGAAUAAAUUUACUGUGGGAUGAAUUAUGUCUGGGUACAUUGGUCCAGCAUCAUUCCGAGUUUAAUAAACGGCUCACGCAAUUAGAGACAGAAAUUGCGAAGGUUAAAAAUAAUGUACAUUUGUCAGCAGAGGAAAAAGAUAAGCUUAUUAAAGAAAAACAUCGCAUUAUAUUUGAACCGAUUGUGUUUGUGCUAGAGCAGCUUCACCAGAUUACGUCGGCCAAACCUGAGACGCCACAUGAAACCGCCUUCCAAACUAAAUUUCAAGCUCUCAUCACCGAUGUUAUAGAUAAAUUGAAAAAUCCGACAAAUCCUGAAAAGCCUCAAGAGUCAUGGACAUCGUUAAAACAGUUACAGAUAAAACUGCAACAGAAAGUUAAUAAACGCACAUCUUAUAUUUUGAAAAUGUCCGACAUCAGCCCUGUUUUAGCAGAGAUGAAAAAUACUGUGAUUACUAUGCCCGGAUUGCACACAAAUCAAAGAACUGUUAGAGUAACUAUAAAAUCCGUCGAGAACAAUGUUGCUAUUUUGCCCACAAAGACUAGGCCAAAGAAACUGAUUUUUUAUGGAUCAGAUGGGAAAGCUUAUACAUAUCUCUUUAAAGGUUUAGAAGAUUUGCAUUUAGAUGAACGGAUUAUGCAGUUGUUGUCUAUAACAAAUACGAUGCUGGCUCGUGAUUCUGAAAACAAUGAUAAUCAAACAUACAGAGCCCGCCAUUACUCUGUCAUUCCUUUGGGCCCUCGGUCUGGGUUGAUUAGCUGGGUGGACAAUGUUACACCACUUUUCGCUUUAUAUAGGCGGUGGCAAAAUCGUGAGGCUGAAAUUCUCAUGGCCAAAACCAACAAGACAGUUAAUGUGCUACGGCCCUCGGAGCUUUUCUAUAAUAAACUCAAUCCUUUACUAAAAGAAGCCGGAAUAUCAACGGAAAACAGAAAGGAUUGGCCUGUCGCAAUCCUCAAGCAAGUUUUACAAGAGUUGACAGCGGAAACACCUAAGGAUCUGUUGUGGAGGGAAUUGUGGUGCAGCAGUGUCUCUCCUGAGCAAUGGUGGCAGAUGACGCGACGCUACAGCUACUCUGUGGCAGUAAUGAGCAUAAUCGGCUAUAUAAUAGGACUUGGUGAUAGACAUUUGGACAAUGUAUUAGUGGAUUUAACAUCCGGUGAGGUAGUACACAUAGACUAUAAUGUGUGCUUCGAGAAAGGCAAGACACUGCGAGUUCCGGAGAAGGUGCCGUUCCGAAUGACGCCCAAUUUGGUGACGGCUCUCGGUGUGACUGGAGUUGAGGGCAUAUUCCGUUUGGCAUGCGAGCACGUGCUUCGUACAAUGCGGCGCGGCCGCGAGACGUUGUUGACGUUGCUCGAGGCGUUCGUGUACGACCCGCUGGUGGAAUGGGGUGGAGUGAAGAAACGCCGCGGGAUGAGGCACGUGCGCGCCGCGCGUGCCAUGCUCGCCGUGCGAGUACGCGAGCUCGAGCAUACCAUUGACGAUAUCACAGAACAAUUUAUAACAAUACUCCCUGAAGUCCAACAAACCGCCGAGAAAUGGGUUAAAGAAAAUGACGAGUUGAAAUCAAUAGAAACAAAGUUAAAAGAUUGUCAUCAACAGAUGGCCUUGAUUAAGGAAAUAGAAGCUUAUGGUCCUAACCUCAGCAGUCACCCUCUGUACUCAAUCUCACAGAAAUAUACGUCGUACAAACAAGCGAAGAAUGCCGUUGAAGAUUCUAUGAAGGCACUAAUAAAGAUAUUAAAUGACUUUGAUACUCAAAUUGAAAAUUUCGCUGCAACAAAUGAAGUAUUGAACGGGCCCCAGUUAAUGGCCUGGGUACAGGAAUUCUCUGGAACAAGUGAAGAUGAUGAAAAUUCUAUUUUUGAACAUAUAAAAGAAUUCAUGACAAACGCUGGACAAAGUUCAAUGAUAUCUCAAUGCGAACAAGCAGAGACAGAGCUAAAUCAGAGCAUGCAACAAACAAAUGUAUUAGUACGAUCUUGUUUAGAAUUGUUAUCGCAAUAUGUAGCUGUCUCGCAAUACUAUCCGCAGAGUCAGACUGAAUAUCACCGAAUUGUAAUGUUUCGCAAGUAUCUCGCAGCAGCAUUAGAGAGCAAAUUGCCGGAGGUUUGCCGUGACGUUUCCAAUCAAGUGACAACUUUAGUCAAUGCGGAUUCCAAUACCGGUGAUACGCAACAAAUUAUAGCAUACAAUUAUCGCUUACAGCAGAUAAAUGCCGACGCAAACGCAAACCUUAAUAAGUGUUUGGAAAGGUUACAAUUAGAAGGCGGUCCCGAUGCCGUUGUAUUAGCACAAGAUGCAUACAAGGAAGCGAAAACGAACAUAAGCAAUUGGGUGAGAGCGGAAGAAGGGGCAGCCGCUGCACUCGAGAGUGUAGUCGUUGGUAUGCUUUGCAAUUUGAAUAGAAGAUUUUUGAUGCUGGAAAAUGGAGCUCAGAGUGCAGGUGAUUGUCUCGUUGACUUAACGUCAAGGGAGGGAGAAUGGUUCCUUGAUGAUAUGAAUGCCCUUUCGAUGCAAGUAGUUGAAUUACUUUCUUUGCUACCACUACAAUCUGCAUCGGUAGAAGAUGCUGCUAUGUCGGUGGCUGUAGAAUGCGUACGAAAUGCCAACCUUCUGUUAGCUGAUCUAGUUCAGCUUAAUGACAAUUACAGCACUAUAAUCUUACCUGAAGCAUUAAAGAAGGUACAUUCAGAGGACCCUUCAGUACUUAUAAUGAUUUCUGAACUGAAUGCUGUCAUCAUGAACUCUCCUGUGCCACUGAAUGAUCUUCUUGCUCAACUGGAAAUGCAUUUCAGAUAUCUAGUAAUGGACAUGGAGUCACCAGCAAGUGGGGCCCAAAUAUUAGCUGCUGAGCUUCGAGCACGUUAUGAAGCUCUGCUCUCAGCGUCAUCAUCAGACUCGGAGAGUCAGUCGGCAGGACGUAUGCUGUUAAUGGGCUUUAAUGGGUUAUUCGCCGCUGUGGAGUUAAGAGCUAGGGAGUUAGCUGAUCAUUUAGCUGCACCUAUACCGCCUGCUUGGAGAAAGAUUGAUCAUAUUAAUGACGCAAUGCAUAUGUCGGCGGCGAUGCAGAGCGGCGCGCUGCGCUCGGUGCUGGAGGACAUAUUCGUGGUGCGGCGCGUGCAGACGGUGGGCGAGGCGCUGGCCGCGUGCGCGCAGCUGGCCGCCGCCUUCCGCGCCGCCGCGCCGCCGCUGCUCUGCGACGACGCGCAGCUGUGCCGCCCCGUGCGCAGGUUCACCGCGGAGUAUGUAUCACGAUGCGUACUGGGCGUGCAUUCGAAAGCACUGGCUUCUGUUUUAUGUCUCCUUUUAAGACGAGCAAGAUUGGAUUUAAAUUCUGAAGUAGAACAGAAGGAGAUAGGCGCGUCGUGGAGCGUGUCGCUGGAGUCGCUGUGUGAGAAGGCGGUCGGGGGCGGAGCGGCGCGUGUGGCGGAGCGUGGCGCCGCGCUGGCGGGCGCGCUGCAGGCGGCCAGCGCGCGGCUGCAGCGCACCGCCGCGUGCCAGCGCCGCGUGGCGCGAGCGCGGGCCGCCGCGCGCGCCGCACGCCUGCGCGCCGCCGCGCACGCGCACCUGCACCGCCAGGUUUUGAACAACAGCCAAGAUCCAAGUCCAGCGUUGUCGCGUCGUUCGCGCGAGCUAUGCGCGGCUGUGGAGCGGCUGACGGCCGCCUGCAGCAAAGUACAGGCGUUAGUUACCUCCGCUCAUCAGAGGGUGAAAUGGGGAGCGGGCGCGAACCCGGCGCUGCGCUCGGUGGUCCGCGCGCUGGAGGCGGGCUGGGCCGGCAAGCAGGCGCGCGCCAGCCGGCUGGCGGCGGCCGGCGCCGCGCUGGGCGCGCACGCGCGCUGCGCCGCCGCGCUGGCCGCGCCCGCCGCGCCCGCCGCCGCCUCGCCGCGCGCCGCGCGCACGCUGCGCACCGCGCUCGCGCACUGGGAGAAGGCAUGCACGUUGGCUCAAAAGUAUUCAUUGCAAGUGUCGCCUGUUGAAGAGUCAUUAAUGGAGAUGUUACAUCCUGAAGGAAAUAUCGACACACAAUGGGUAGAAACUGUGUCACUGCUGGUACGUGAAUUGGCUAGCGGAUUGAGCGUUGCUGCGACUGAGGCGCGGGAACGCUGCGAUUCCGCAGCGAGUGCGCUGCGAACCGCAGCCGCUCUGCUCGAGCCACCAACAACAGCUCGUGCGCAACUUGAACAAGAGCUUCGCGCACCAUUACAAGCUAUACAACCUAUACAAGGCAUCACUGAAGAUCCCGCACACGAGAUUUGGACAAGAUGGCGGGCGGCCGGAGAUCUGUUGGCGAAAGUUAUAUCCGAACCGGAAGCUGGGGCAGUGGCCGCCGCCACGACACUUAUGCAAGAGUUGCCUGCGUUGCGUGACGCACUCAAAGAUCUUCCUAACACGUGGACUGAGCAAAGCGGACGCAAGCUAACAAGACAAGUGGCCAUCAUACCACCUAAACCCGCUACGAACUCAAAGCAUGGUAACGAGCAGCGCAACGCGAUGGGCGCGGGCGUGUGGAAGCGCGUGCGGCUCAAGCUGGAGGGGCGGGACGCGCCGCGCCGCGCCGUCACGCCGCACGAACAGGUGGAGUAUAUAAUAUCGGAAGCGACAAGCGCAGAGAACCUGUGCAUGAUGUACGAAGGCUGGAUGGCGUGGGUGUGA